AUGUCUGAAGGGUCGACUGACGCUCCCUCGGGGGCAGUGGAAAGCCCUGCCGACGCCCCGCCUACCAGCCCGCCUACCAGCCCGCCUCUCUCCAGCGACGUUCAGGACCUCCUUGCUGUGGCCGAUCAAGUUCUCCUCGAACGGGAGCAGGCACCCGAGAAGGCUGAGGAUGAAGAAGCGCUGGAGUGGCAUGAGGUCAUUGAGCUGCAGGCAUUCAGCGAGAGGAAGGCGUGGAUAGAGGAGAAGACAAAGCUUUUGGAACAAAUGCCUGCCAUAGAGGUGUUUGUGGGGAUGCAUGCCGUACGCGAGUCCGCAACCGAGGUCCCGGGGCUUCCUACACGCGAGCAGCUGCGACAGUGGCUUGUGGAACACGAUAAGAUCGAGAAGGAGACCGAGAUCUUCGACUCUGGGGAGCUUAAGAAGCUGAAAAGGUUCACGAAAGCCGCUGCUCAAAGGAACCUGUCCCCGGCGGACACAGACCUUAUUGAGAUCACGCUCACGACUAUAUAUGCGCUCGAUAAGCUGCUCCAUCUACUUCGCGACCGCUCGGAUAGCUUGGACCUGCUUGGAAUUAGGCUGUCUUGGGAGGAGCGCCGCGUGGCCGCGUGGAAUGAGUACCACAACAUUCUCAACGAUCUCAAAGACUUCUUGAAGGAUCGCGCCCGUUGGUCUCCGGCGGUGUACGACCAACUAGAAGAAGUGGAAGAACUCCGCGAAGCAUCUCCUGGCGAGCAUGUGCUCAAGAGACGUGGGUCAACCGUGUCCAUACAAUCCGAAACAUCUCGCGCGUCAAUACCAGGGUACUCUCGUGGGGCGCGGUACAAACUGAUGGAGGCACUCUCGAGGGAAGCGGCGCUCUUCGCGAGCCGGAUAUCAUCUCUCCGGCACUCGAAGAUCAUCCCUACGGGAAAGGCGAUCGACAAGCUCAUUGACACUAGUCGCAAGCCUGUGCCGGACGAGAUGCUUGACGAACAGGACAAGUUGGAAAACGAUGGUGUGGCGGCCAUGGAGCCGGUGAGCAAAUUCGCCAUGCAGAUUGUGAUGCAGUGGAAGAAAGCCGAUGAGUUCUAUGUAGAGACGCUCAAGGAUAAGUCCGACGCGCAAAACCUUCUCGAGGAGAUCGAGGUGGCGAAGUUGGGGCAUCCUACGGCACGCCAAGACGCGAGCUUCAUGUCUCGAGCGGGCGUUCUGAGCAAACGGCUACUACUCCGAGGCAACCCUAUAUCAUCACCGCUCUUCCCCAAACCCGAUGACCCUCAUUUCCCCGACCAAGCUACCCACACCUCCACCGUGAUCCAGCAACUUUCUUCCGAGCUAUCCGCAGCUCAGCAGCAAGUUAAGAAGGUUGAACUGUGCGCAAAAGAGUAUCGGGCAUCCUUGGAGGCGGUCAAGCAGGUGGAAGGACUGUGCAACGCGGCCUCCGACCUCGUAGACAAAUACGCGUCCAUCGUCGACCGUUUGGAGAAUGGCGUGAAGACGACAUCUGGGGACGGUUUAACACCAGACAUUUCUUCGGAGGCAUGCCUAGACAGCAGUCGACACUCUACAUUCCUUUCCCUCUUCCCUUCCAUCGUGCAAGAGCUGGAGCAAGCCGACAAGGACACUACACCUCUACUCUCGCGCGCCCGGGUGGCGCUUCUCCAUCUUGGCUUCCCAGGCAUUGAUGCUCAGUUCAAAGUGGACUCUCAGGCUACGAUCGACGCCCUUGAGACCAGUCAAACCCAGGCCGCCAAGGCGAAAAACGUUGUUUCUGUACAUAUAUCGACACUCGCGCAAGUGCGGAAGAUUUGGUCGUCGAUGGGCGCGCUCUUCCAGGAGACAGAGGGUGUCAAGAGCGAAAUCUUGGACGCCAUGUCCCGUCAAAUGUGGAGGCAGCAAGUCCGUCACGAGGCGCCGCCAACACCCGAGAGUCCUACAUCCAUGCUACCCUCUGUUUUCACUUCUCCGCCCGAAGUCCUUGAACAUAUAUCUCAGCUUCGGAGGCGUGCCAAGGAAGAGGUCUCCGUGCCGCUGGCUUCGAUAUCGCCUUCGCUUCAGCCCAGCCUUCGGGACUACCUCAUCCAUUCCUCGUCAGCCCUCGAAGGUUGCUUGACCUCGACAAGUGAGACUGCUCGGUUCUGGGAAGCAGUCCAGAAGCAGGCGACCAUGAUGGGAGCAGUCCGGGACGAGGUUCAUAUGUUCCAGAUGCGCAUCGAGGAUCUCAAGCUUAGCUACGACAAAGCCAUCCAGAGUGUCUCGGAUGGCACUCUCCCAGACUCGGACAUCCCUCAGACAGAAGAAGGACUCGCGGGCGACCUCUCAAGCACUAGGGCGGACGUUCAGGCUUUUCUCGAUCAGCUGCCUAGCCGCGUUCCCUUCGUCGACGAGGUCAAGUUCAUCGCCAACGAUCUUCGCAGCCCGCGUAAGCGCCAGCCGUCCCUUGGUGGUGGGCUCAACCUGAGCGUCAUCCAACAAGCCGCCCAGCCGAGUUUACCAUUUGACCCCGCUGCCCUCGACAAGGGUGUGCGUACAGAUUCCAACACGUACAGCAUGAUGCUAUCCGGCGCCAUCAAGACCCUCGAGGUGAAGGCAGAGCAGUUCCAGCUCGCCAAGAAGGCUCACAGUGUGGACAUUGCACUGGGUCCUCUCACAACCGCGCUCAACGACGCCGGCGAUGCCGUCUCCGCCGUGGGCGCAUCCCUGAACACUUCGGAGGAGAGGCUCUCCACGCAACGUCUGACCGAGCUCUCAAGCGCGCUCGAAGAGACGGCCAAGGCUCAUGAAGAUAUAAUCGAACAGGCCUUCUCUCCCGUGCGCGCCUCUCUCCAGAUACUCCGAGCAACGACCAGCCCUUCCGACGCUAGCAUGCAAGCUGUCGUCUCCGCUCGCCAGAGAGCGGUGGAACACGCUGAGACUCAGGCUGUUUCAUGGAAGAAGACCGUUGCGACUCUCAAGCAGCAGCUCCUCGACGCCCAGAAGGCCGAGCUGCUCAGACUGGCCGAGGAGACGCGUCUACGAGAGGAGCAGGAGCGUCUGGAAGCCGAAGCCGCAGCCCUCAAGACCCGCGAGGCGGCGGCGGCGGCCGAAGCCGAGCGACUCGCCCAGCUGGAGAGGGAGCGAGUCAAGCGCGAGGUUGCAGAGCUGGAAGAACGGCGACGCAGGGAUAAGGAGCGGGCGGAAGCUGAAGAGCGGGAACGACAGGAGCGCUUCGCCCGUAUGAAGAGGGAGGCGGAGGAGCGAGGGCGGAGGGAGGCGGAGGAGGCGGCUGAGAGGGCAAGGCAGGAGCAGGCCGAGGCUGAGGAGAGAGCGAAGCGGUUCCAGCAGGAAGCAGAAGAGCGUGCUCGGCGCGAGCAGGAGGCGGCGGAACGGCGGGCGCGAGAGGAGGAGGAGAGGCUGGAACAAGAACGAUUGGAGAAAGAGAGGCUGAAGAUGGAGCGGAUCAAGAACGAACAAAUGGAGGCCGAAGAACGGGAGCGGCUGGCGCGCGAGCGGGCUGAGGCGGAGGGGCGAGAACGGCUUGCACUCGAGAAGAAAGAAGUGGAGGAGCGGCAACGUCUUGCUCGCGAGAACGCUGAGGCGGAAGAACGGGCCCGGUUAGCACGUGAGAAGGCAGAAGAAGCGGAACGGACUCGCGUGACUCGCGAGAAGGCCCUUGUGGAGGAACGCGAAAUACUCGAGCUCAAGAGACUGGAACGGGAGAAGCAAGAGCAAGAGUUACAGGGGAAGGAACGACGCAAGCGUCAGGAGGCCGAGGAACGGGAACAACGCGAGCCAGACGUCUUCGGAGUUCGACAGCCCUCCACUGGUCUCAGUCCUGAAAUGAGCGAGCUCGGUUCCCGUAUCUUCGCUUUCCGCAAGCGUCUACGCUCCAUGGGUAUCAACGAAAUGGCUCGGCCUAGCUCGCGAUCCAACGCCGAGCUUCCAAGCGAAAGCACAUGCAAGUCUAUGGGCAAGGCGUUCUCCGUGUUGCGCAAGGAGGUUGCCUUUUUACCUGCCUCAUUACCCGACGAGCCGGUUGUGGAUGCAGAGCUCCGGUCGUUGCGCGAAGAGAUCAACCUCUCAAAGGAGUCGCUGGCGAGAAUCAACAAUCUUGCGGACUUCGCGGCACUCCUCAAGGAUUGCGACGACGCUCUGAGCGAUUUGCUCGAACAUAUUGAUAGCUAUCCUUCCCCUCCAAUCGGUUCCCUGUCGACGUCUUUUACUGCUAAUGUCUCGCAAGCCCCCGAGGAACAAUUGUCUUCACGGCUGUCCUUUACCCGCGAUUUUUUGUCUCGUAUGAAGACCCUUGCUCGAGCACUCAAGGAUGAUCCACGGAUACCAGAGGAACACGAACGUAUUCUUCAAACGUGGACUGAGCUCGAGGCAAUGGCUCUCGAUCUCAUCAACGGGAACAAGUCGCGUCCUGCCAGCGUCAUCAGCUCUGGUCGAAGCAGUCGCAACUCCGCUAUUCAUUCAACUCCUAUGUCGUCUUCCCAUUCACAUACUCACUUCUCUAAGCUCUCUGCGUCGCCGGGAAAGUUCCUUACUCCCCCAUCUCCAGUUCCCAAUGCUCGUCGUACGGCGUCUGGGCCGUCUGCUGGCACAAGCACUCCUCGCAGCUCCAGUCGCUUGUCCAUCGCAUCGUCGACGGCGGCCUCGUCAAGUCGCUCCGUCUCGGGACCAAUGUCUGGAGUGUCACUCUGGGGAUCAACGUACUCGUCCCGACAGCGCACAACCAGCGUCACAUCAAGUGCAUCCUCGUUGCAAAGCCCCAUCUCCCUGAAGCGAGCUCUCCCCAUAGUUCCACCAUCACGCCCUCGGACCCAGUCCAAUGCCCAUGCAGGGUCGCCUGUGGUCUCAGACGCUCCCCACAGCAGAUCAAGCCUCAAUUUACCUCGACCACCAUCGUCGCAUUCAUCGUGGGGUCGUGCGCCACGGAUGUCUUUCGGAUCCGCUUCCACUCGGUCUCCUCCUACACGCACCCCCGCUGCGAAACCGGCUCGGAAACCAUAUGUCGCGAAUCCGAAGAACAAGCUUGAUGUCGCUGUCGGCGAUGUCAUGAAUAAACUACCUGUGGAUAUCAAGAUCGAGCUCGUCGCGGACACCUGGAAGGAUCAGAGUGGCAAGUACUGGAUUGGCGAUGCCGAUCCCAAGCUCUGUUUCUGUCGUAUACUACGUUCUCAGACGGUGAUGGUGCGAGUUGGGGGUGGGUGGCAAGAGCUCUCAAGGUUCAUCAGAGAUCACUUCGCUGACUCCUUCAGGCUGUUGCCGGAGCUCUCCCCUCCCCACAUUGGACAACGAGAAGAGAGGUGGAUAAGCUCCUCCACUCUCGCGCAGGCCGUCGAUAACCGAGGGUCGUCGAUGUCACCUCCCAAGACGCCGGAGCCGAAGAUGCCCUUCUUGCCUUCCUUUGCCUUGGUCACUCCCAGCGGCACAAGUCCCAAGACGAUCAAAACACCACCAUCCUCAGGAUCGCCUCUUACCGCACUACAAUUUAUGCGACGGGCGGACAUGGAGAACGCGUCCUAUCGUCCCGAGACGCCGACUAGGUCCACGCGGAGUGGAACAUCUUCUGUUAUGAGUACGCCUUCGCGUCAUCACCCGCACCCCGCGCCGGCGUGGAGGCCAUGA